AUGUCUGCAGUUGUAGUGUCAAAUCCUUUGACCCCGUUCGUGUCUCCUGUCACCAACCUCCCACAUAACGGCUUUGCAGGAUACCAUAAACUUAUGGAAAGCUAUAAGAGGUUUCAAGAAGGGGGCCUCGAAUUCGCCGAUGAAGCUAGAAUGCUGAUUAACAGCAUUGCCCACUAUCUUGAAAAUGGCAGACUCCCGCUCACCAACAUGGAUCUGGGCGCAACAGCUGGCGGAAGUCUGCGUACUGCGGCCGAUCGGGCUGCUCGUUCUCUGCCCGUGGGCGAGUCACCUGCAGAUGAGGUUGCGGCGUCCACCGUCACAUCUCCAGCCCUAUCUUCGGCGAGUGGGGACGCCCGUGUCCUCCUCGCACCGUGCAUUAAUAUGUUUGGGCUUCCUGGUGAGGGCAAGGUAUCAUCAUUCAGACGACGCGCGACCAAAGGAAAGAUAGCCACGAUCUGCAAUAUCCUACGCAAAAGAUGUGCAGCGCUGCAAGGUGCUAGUCAUGACCACAUGGGGGGAGCAAGGCAGCCGCCGAGCGAAAGUCCCCCUGCAGCGAAUACAAGAGAUGGGCACGCGCAUGAAGAAACGGUUGCACAUCCGAUUGCACAGAUGGAACCAUCUGCUGCUCCUCGGGAGCUCCAAGCAACGUAUGCAGAUGUCCUCCUCCGUCCGGGACCAUCCGUUGGCCGCGUCAGUGGUUGGGCACAAGCUUACGAUAUGAGAGGGCCGCAGCCCGGCUCAGUGACGAAUUUCGGCGAGUGGUAUCCUAUCACGUAUCCGUAUGGCUGGCCACCCUACGGAUCUCCGAUUGCGACGGGCGCCCUGUACCUCCCCCAAACGGGUCUCGGAUUCAGACGUCUUGCCACCGAGCGGCAGUCCCUCGGUAGACGCCUUGGCUGA